AUGGACGCGUCACUCUGCUUCUCCGCCACCUUCGCCCCGCGGAGCGCCGCCGCGGUGGUCCUCUCCCAGAAGGGGAAGAGGGCUCCGCCCCCCGUCGCGGUCUCCACUGAAAGUCAGGGGGGCUCCAACGGCGGCGGACCUCUGUCGGCGUCGCAUACGAUGUUCAGGAACCUGGCGGCGGCUCUGUACCGGCACACCCUAAGGUGGAGGACCAGAGGGGAGCUCGGCACCACGGGGGAUCAGCCCCCCGGCCACCGCCGUUCGGACUCCGACGAGGAGCCUUGGGGCAAGCGAGAGAAGAAGCAACAUGGCAAAGCUCCGGAGGAGGGAGAGAAGCAGCAGGAAGAGGAGGGAGAGAAGCAGCAGGAAGAGGAGGAGGAGAUCAUCGUCACCAGACAGUGGAAAUGA